UCGGCCGCUCCGCGCCGCAGGGGGCGCCCCACCGCACCCUGCCCCUCCCCCGGCCUCGGGUGGUGCCUGCGGCCCAUCGAGCUCCGGCCCCUGUGGCUCGGGACCGGACCCCAAGCGACCCCUGCCGCCCGAGUCCGGGGCCCGCCCCCUCGGGGCGGCGGAUGUGGGAGGCUCGCGGCGGGGGCGCGGGCCGCGGUCGCGCGGCUGGGGCGGCUGACCGGCCGCUGCCCCGGGGUCUGGGAGCCGCGCGGGGGAGGGCGCGGGUCCUGGCAGCCCCGGCGAGGGGCGAGCGGGCGGCCGGUCGGCGAGCUGGGCAAUAGGAAACGGUUUAUUAGGAGGGAGUGGUGGAGCCGGGGCCAAGCAGGAAGACGCUGGAAUAAGAAACGUUUUUGCUCCGGCCCCUUUCCCAGUCCCGGAGGCCGCCGCGCCGGCAGCGCCGCGCGAGCCCCUCCCCGGCCCCGGCCCCUCGGCGGCCCCAGCGCGGGCCUGCCGUCCAGCCUUCGUGGUGCGACCUCGGCCGUCGCCGCACGCCGGUGUCCCGCGGCCCGCCGGCAGGCUCCGAGGACCAUGACCUUGGACCCUCCCAGAAGAAGCCUUCUGAUGCUACUGUUGGCCUUGGGCCUGGCCCAGGGAGACCCCGUGAAGCCUCCGAGGGGCCCACUGGUGACCUGCACAUGUGAGAACCCACACUGCAAGGGGUCUACCUGCCAGGGGGCCUGGUGCACCGUGGUGCUGAUGCGGGAGGAGGGCAGGCAGCCCCAGGAGCACCGAGGCUGUGGGAACCUGCAUGAAGAACUCUGCUGGGGGCGCCCCACUGAGUUCGUCAACCACUACUGCUGCUACAGCUCGCUCUGCAACCACAACGUGUCCCUGGAGCUGAUCGCCACCCCAACCCCGGAACAGCCACAAGUAGGUGGCCAGCUGCCUCUGAUCCUGGGCCCAGUGCUAGCCUUGCUGGCCCUGGUGGUCCUGGGUGCCCUGGGCGUGUGGCAAGUCCGGCGGAAGCAGGAGAAACAGCUGGGCCUGCACAACGAUCUGGGUGAAUCCAGACUCAUCCGGAAGGCAUCUGAGCAGGGGGACAGCAUGUUGGGGGACCUCCUGAACAGUGACUGCACAACGGGCAGCGGCUCAGGACUCCCCUUUCUGGUGCAGAGGACCGUGGCGCGGCAGGUCGCCCUGGUGGAGUGUGUGGGAAAGGGCCGCUAUGGCGAGGUGUGGCGAGGCCUGUGGCACGGCGAGAGCGUGGCAGUCAAGAUAUUCUCCUCGAGGGACGAGCAGUCCUGGUUCCGGGAAACGGAGAUCUACAACACAGUGCUGCUCAGACAUGACAACAUCCUAGGCUUUAUUGCCUCGGACAUGACUUCCCGCAACUCAAGCACGCAGCUGUGGCUGAUCACGCACUACCACGAGCACGGCUCGCUCUACGACUUCCUGCAGAGGCACACUUUGGAGCCCCAUCUGGCCCUAAGGCUGGCCGUGUCCGCCUCCUGCGGCCUGGCGCACCUGCAUGUGGAGAUCUUCGGCACGCAGGGCAAACCCGCCAUCGCCCACCGCGACCUCAAGAGCCGCAACGUGCUGGUCAAGAGCAACCUGCAGUGUUGCAUCGCGGACCUGGGCCUGGCUGUGAUGCACUCGCAGGGUAGCGAUUGUCUGGACAUCGGCAACAACCCACGCGUGGGCACCAAGCGGUACAUGGCCCCUGAGGUGCUGGACGAGCAGAUCCGCACCGAUUGCUUCGAGUCCUACAAGUGGACGGACAUCUGGGCCUUUGGCCUGGUGCUGUGGGAGAUCACCCGGCGGACCAUUGUCAAUGGCAUCGUGGAGGACUACAGGCCACCCUUCUAUGACAUGGUGCCCAACGACCCCAGCUUCGACGACAUGAAGAAGGUGGUGUGUGUUGACCAGCAGACCCCCACCAUCCCCAACAGGCUGGCUGCAGACCCGGUCCUAUCGGGCCUGGCACAGAUGAUUCGGGAGUGCUGGUACCCCAACCCCUGCGCCCGCCUCACUGCGCUGCGGAUCAAGAAGACACUACAGAAACUCAGCGGCAGUCUGGAGAAGCCCAGAGUGAUUCCCUAGCCUCGGGCUGACACCUGACUCCCCUUGGCCUGCAGUGUGUGUGGUGGGGGCAGGUGGUGGAUGGCGGCGUAUCUGAGCAGAGGUGGUCUGUGCUUGCUGGAGAGGAGAGUGCCCCUCUAGGGGCAGCUGUGCCUGCCUCGCUCGGCCCCCAGCCUUUCCAGCCAAAAAUACAGCUGGGCUGAAACCCGAUCUCCCCACUGUCUGGCCUGCUCAGAGCAGCAGGCUCCCUGACGCCUGGCUCUGUCCCCACCACCGUGUCCUGGGUGCACCCCCCACCCCAGGACAGGAUACAAAGGAGGCCCCAGAGCCAGGAUGGCCAAGCCAGGGAAUCCCAGUCCCUUGGGCCUAGAGCCUGGGCCUGCACUUUACCCCCUGCCCUCGCUCAACCCCACUGCCCCACCAGAGCUGCCGCCGUGGCAGAGGGCCCCGUCUGGCCUUCAGCAGACACCCUGCCCUGCCAGGCCUUAGCCUCUGGCCCAGGCCCCAGAUGCCCGGGGACCAUGAGUUUCUCUCUGUGGCUUAGCAUCUCUGCUCCGUGAUGCCUGGGCCCCUGUUGGCUGAGUGCCAGCUGACCAAAAGAGUUGGGGCCUGACCCUGGGCCUCACCUCUACCCCCAUUCUAGCUGACUCACUGGGCCUUAAAACCGAGGGGUCCUGCUGCGGUGUGGCAUGGCUAUAGGCCAUAGGCCAUGGGCAGGUCAGAUGAGUCAGGCCCAGCACUUUCAGAAUAACUGAGAGGACAUCAAGACCAAGCAAGGCCGGGGAGGGGCUCGGCUGGGAGCCAGAGAGCCAGGUCCUGGUCCUGGAUGCUUGCUAAGUGACAAGAAUGAGGCGGUCACUGUUGAAGGAACUGUUUCUUCAUCUGCGUAUUGAAAGGGUUGCCCCCAGUGUCUUCUGAGGUUUUUUCAGCUCUCACGUUCUUUGAAAUGUCAGCCUGUACAGAAUCCAGUUCAUCAGUUCCUUCUACUUCUUAUGCCCCAAGAAGUGAUUUGGCCCAAGAUGAGGAUUUGAAAAUAACUGUCUGAGGCCAAGAGUGUCUGAGACGCCACCUAGUCUAAUUCUACAGGCUCCAGUUCCCACCAGCGGCCAUCCUGGGGUGCAGACAGUCACUGGCCUUUUAGCAGACAAGCCAGCCUUUGCCCCUCUGCGGCUCUGCCUUCUCUGCCCACUGCUGACAGCACUGAGGCUGGCUUCCUGCAGGGCCUCCAAAGCUCAGAAGAAAUUUGGCUCCGGCCGAUAAUUCUCUAGCACCCAGGUUGCUGCUCCCCGUCGUCCCCUGGCCCAGACCCUUGGCCAGGGCCCAGAGCGUGUGUGCCUAGAAAGAACCUGGUGGCUGUAGAGAAACACACAGAAAGUUCAGCAUUCGGAAGUCAAGGGUCUGUGUCCAGGCCCUGAGGAGGUUGCCCUGAGCCCUGGGUGGGUGGAUGGCCUAGGGGGCAGGGGUUUGGAGGCAGGGCCUGAGGGCUUGUGGGGGUGGGGCUCAUGCUUGGGGCAGGGUGGAGAAGGACCCUCAGCUCUUCACUGGAGAGGAAGAAAGCACAGCCUCCUCUCCUGCUGUGAAUGACCGGGCACAACCUCAGCAGGCCAGCUUCCCGGGUGUCUCCACCAGUGCCCCCGGGGCAGUUUCCCAGGCCUUCCUCCCAGCGUUGUGCAAGGUGGGGGUGGGGGUGGGGAAGAACCGGGAAGUGAAACUGGGUGAAAACAGAAAGCUAGAUGGACCUGCUGGGUUACCAGAUCACCACGGGGCAGCUUGCUUCCUGUCUUCUGGCCCCUGGAACCCACCUAGGGACCAGUCCUUCCCUGAACGAUUUUCUCUGCAUUGGGUUUGGGGGCCAAAUGGCUCCUUCUGAGACCCCACGGCCAGAAACCGAAGCUCCCCAAAGCCCAGAAAAUCCCUAGGAGGAGAAGGUCCGAGGCUGGAGGUGGAGUGACAGGGGGCGUGUGUUGAGAGAAGGGGGCCAGUGCUAGGAGAACAGCCAGAGGCCAGGGAGGAAAGGGGGCGCUGGUGAGAACUGUCUGCACAGUGCUUCUGCCUGCGUGCAGGGCAUUCCAAGGUCAGAAUUACGGGCACUUACCUGGAGAUAGUGUUUGUGAGAGCACUUAGCUUGUGCUUAGCACACCAAUAAAACCAUGCUGGAA